AUGACAAUGUUCUCCUCGGAAUCGAGUGACAAAGAGGAUGAACUGCUUUUGCUUGUCACCAUCGAGGAGGAUCAUGCUGCAUCCGAGGGUCGGAGCCGACAGCGUGGCUCCGUCCCGGGCCAUGCGGUCAUAGACCGUGACCACAGCGAAGGUGCUGCUAGGCUGUACAGGGACUACUUCGCCAACAACCCUGUGUAUGACAUGGGGUACUACCUCGGCGACGGCAUUUACCCUGACUGGGCGACCAUAGUGAAGGCAAUUUCAGCACCAAGAGGCAACAAGAGCGUCCAUUUCUCUGCCAUGCAAGCUGCUGUCUGCAAGGAUGUUGAACGUGCAUUUGGUGUCUUGCAGUCGAGGUUUGCCAUAGUUCGCAGACCUGCUAGAGUUUGGGAUCAAAGCACACUGCAGAAUAUAAUGACAGCAUGUGUCAUUAUGCACAACAUGAUAAUUGAGGAUGAAAAUGGCGACGCUUCAACCGAGCAGGUGUUCGACUAUAUGGGGGAGACAACGACAGUGCAUCGAUAUCCAGACCAAGGAAUCUUGCAUUAUGUCGAAGCCACUCAAGCCAUCAGGAACCGUGCAAUGCACCACCAAUUGCGUGAAGACCUUGUUGAGCACCUCUGGAGUCUACAUGGAGCACAUUAG